AUGAAAACCCAUGGGCGUGCUUCAAGGCCUAUCAAAAAUCUCUUCCUUGUCAACGUGUUCCUGGGACUUGCCUUCCUGUUGGGAUUCUUCCAUGCAAAUAGCAGGAACCACCUAUUCCAGAAGAGUUCUGCAGAGCUGCUGGCAUCCCCCACGCCCUGCCAAGCCAAGACCAACGUCAUGUUCCUCAAGACCCACAAGACUGCCAGCAGCACCAUCCUCAACAUCCUGUUCCGCUUCACCGAGAGGUACAAACUCACAGCUGCCCUCCCCGCCGGCCAGCAAUUCCACCUGGGUUACCCGGAGAGUUUUGUCACCAAUUUUGUGGAGGGUUUUCAAACCCAAGGGCAAAACUACAACAUCAUGUGCAACCACCUGCGCUUCAACCCCUCUGAGGUGCACAAGGUGAUGGCAAAGAACACCUUCUACUUCUCCAUCCUGAGGAACCCCAUUGCUCUGCUGGAAUCUUCCUAUGUCUACUACAAGGACGUGGCCCCCGCCUUCAGUAGAUCCAAGGAUGUGAAUGAAUACCUGGCGUCACCCCUGAAAUACUACCAUAAGGAGGAUUACAGGAGAAACAUCUAUGCCAAGAAUAACAUGUGGUUUGACUUUGGCUAUGAUAACAAUGCAGAGGACGACGAAAACUAUAUCCAGUCUGUCUUGGAUGAGACUGAAGAGAACUUCCACCUGAUCUUGAUAGCAGACUACUUUGAUGAGUCCAUGAUCCUCCUGAAACACACCUUGUGCUGGGAUUUAGAUGAUGUGAUUUACUUCAAACUCAAUUCCAGGAGCAAUGAGACUGUCCAGGCCCUGACUCCAGAAAGCGAGGAGAGAGUAAAAAAGUGGUGCUCGCUGGACUGGAAGCUCUACCUGCACUUCAACCAGAGCUUCUGGAGGAGGAUUGAGGAGACUAUAGGACUUGAAGAGCUGGAGAAGGAGGUAAAUGACCUGCGAAUGAGGCAGAAAGAACUCAUGGAGACCUGCCUCUUGGACCAGGAGGCUGUGGUGAAGGCUCACAUCAAGGACAAGACUCUCUUGCCUUUCCAGUCAGGGUCGGCAAAUAUCCUUGGUUAUAACCUCAGAAAAGACUUAGACAAUGACACUCUGAAAAAAUGCCAGAAAAUGGUUAUACCAGAGCUCCAGUACACAUCCUACCUCUACUCCCUCCAGUACCCACACAAGAAGGGGAAGCCCAUAAACUUUCCCAAGUAGUGGAACAGUUCUCAGAAGAUGUAAUCCCCCACAUUGCAGCUACAGCAUCCCACUGCUGCAGCCUUUUGCACUGGCCGAGUUUGGCGAUGAGACUCUUGCACAGGAUGGGGAGGCUGGGGAUCAUUUGA